AGCCCUAUUAUUUUAAAAAACUUAUUUUUCAGUGGAAGCAGAUGUCUUUAUUCAGUAAAAUGAUUUACUAUCAGCAGCCAUUCGUUGAUCACCUGGUAUACACAUGGCUCCAGCCGUUGCCCUUUCCAACCAUUCUAAAGGUGGUUUUCAGUUUCAUCUUGGCAAUACUAAUAUUACUGCCCAUAAUUUAUCCAGCUGUGAUAUUUAUUUGGUCAUACACUGAAGUGCAGUACAUACUGAAGAACCACUAUGAUAUAGCUUUCUCCGAGAAACUCGACGUCCUCGGCUAUCUGCAACGUCUCUACUCAUUUCGUAUUGUCAACGCGAAGUACAACCUUUUUUUGGUGUUGUACUUGGAACGGUGGCGGAUAGUGGCUACGGCAAUUGCCUCUACAAUUGACUAUGUUAGAUUGGCGUUCUGCUUAGUAUUCAAUCCAUAAUUAAAACCACGCA